UGAGUAGUUUUGCUCAUGCGGUUGUCACAUACGUCAAGUGACAUUCGAUCGUUGCUGGUGGGAAAGAUAAAAAGGCAUAAACCAGGAACUUGAAAAUUCUGUUUGCCGUUUACCCUCGUCGACACAGUCAACUGCAGGUAGAGUAACUGUGAAAACGAGGAUAAUGACGACUAAGAUCGUUUGGUGGACGAUGAUUCUAUCAUUUAUCGGAUAUUUGGUGCGUUCGGAUCUCCCCGAAGAUAACGUGUGCUACGAAACAGUGAGUUAUCAGGAAUUACGCGACAUCCCUUAUGAAGAAUUGUACACCGAAAGAUGCUGGUUGAUCUUCACCUGCGAAGGAUUUCGCACCAAUUACAUCACUGAGCUCUACACGACUUUCAAGAUUCAAGAGACAAGCUGUCCCAAUGAUGAGACCAAGAACGAAACGUCUCAACUAGAUUUGAAUAGUUACAAUUGCAGCUUGGCAGUUUGCGUCGACUCGCUGAUCUGCGACUGCGGCAACGCUCAGGGGGAAUGUCAGGGUCUUUGCAGUGAGAAAAAAGCGAUCUCUGGAAUUUGGAUCAUGUGUCCGUGGGGACAUAAGCACGUUGAAUCAAAUCAGAAAUGCGUUCCUCGGUGUACCGCUUACUGUACGAAUGGAUGGUGCAAGCGUCCCUUCAGAGACUGCACGUGCUUUGAUGGCUACUGGAAAAACGGUUCCGAAUGUUUGCCAAUAUCCAGAGCCUGUGUUCAUGGAGAACAAACGUCAGCCAAUGAGUGCAGAUGCAACUAUGGUUGGGGGGGCGAUUUAUGCGAUGAACCACUUCUGUGUGUAAUCGCUGAACUCGACGGAGAAGAGGUUGCCUGCGACAGCAGUGUGACUUCAGCACCACGUAGUGCCGAAGCUAAAAAUGAGGAUCCUGACGAUGAGUGGAAAUUUCCAGCCUGUGAUCAAAAAUGCCCCAUCGAACUCCGGAGAAAGGCUGUCAAUUCGUCUCAAGCUCUCACGAACAUCGUUUACUAUUUGAUCCCCAUCGACUUGCAAUGUGACGAGACGGAAGCCGCUGAACUCAGCUUUUCAAACAGUACCGGCAACAAAGUGUUGGGAAUAUUCAUCGGGGCGGUAUUGAUUGACCUGAUCGUCGCCAUCUUGGUCAUUAUCGCAUGUAGAACGACCAGACAAAAAUACAAAAUCAAGGAUGCGUCGGUUCCGGAAUCCAACGAUCUUGGAAAGUCGCAAUUCGAAACACCGAAGCCAAAAUUCUUCUUUUCCCUGUCCGAUGAAGUUACAAAGUCCAACGCACACUCUAUACUAGCUGAAAGAGGGGUAAAGAGCGACGGAGGAGGGAAGAUAGAAAUGACAGACAUAGUUACUGUCAGCGUCGUAGUGGUGUUUGCAGCGUUCUCUGCAGCAAAUUCAAAUAGUCCGCGGAGCUUCUACCCUCCGUCGCGCCCCAAGAAUGAAAGUACGAAAGGAUUUUAUAACCUUUCCCAGCAUGUGACUUACCCAGAGAAAACACGGCGUGGUGGUGAGGAAUCAUUUUUCUAUGAUACCUACAGAGACAAUUCGAAGAUAAGAAGUUUGACGAAACGUUCGGAAGACGGUGAUUGCCCUUCAUUCUUUACGAGAGACAGCAUACACAAAAAUUGUUUAAUACCCUGUUCACUGGACAACUGCAUUAACGGAAAGUGCGAGGGUCUCACCGAAUGCAGGUGUAACGACGGGUACAUCAAGUCCCAAACCAAUAGCUUCAUCUGCCAUCCAAAGUGCAGUCCCUGCCAGUCUGGGGAAUGCAAUGAGUCGCAACUCUGUACCUGCGACGAAGGUUACAGAUUGAGUUCGAACCAACGAACUUGCGAACCGAUAUGUAAUGAGAAACGAUGUAAUGGAAAAGUUUGCAUCUAUCCGGAAACCUGCAAAGAGGAUCUAACUAAAAACAGCGUUACAUACGGUCAGUUUUGUAAUGCGAAGUGUGAAUUUGGCGAAUGCGUUGGUCCUAAUACGUGCAAAUGCUUCGACGGUUACCGUAAGAAUGAAUAUGGUCAGUGUUUCGUUUUAAAUUGCACGAAAAACUGUGGAUUUGGCACAUGCGUUGUACCUGAUACCUGCAAGUGCGACGACGGCUACACGAAAAAUAAAAAUGGCCAGUGCACUCGUCCAACGUGCAAACCAGAGUGCAAAUUUGCAACAUGUACCGGUCCCAAUUACUGAAAGUGUCUUCCGGGGUACGAGAUAGUCUUUGAGAAUGCGCCAACCUGCAAUCCGGUCUGUAAAAGAUGCGGCAAGGGUACCUGCGUCGGCCCUGAAACUUGCCGCUGCAAUCAUGGAUUCGGCAAUCCCAAAAGUGAUAAAGGAACCUGCGUUGCAUGCAAGUCGAAGUGUGAGCAUGGCACGUGCUCUAAUAACAGAUGCGAUUGCUCUCCUGGCUGGACAGGAGAAUCGUGCGAGAAGCUGACCAUGUGCGUUAUAACACUCCACAUUCCUGACAACUCCGACAAUUCCAGAGAGCUUUCGGAAUCCUAUAGCACCGACGAUGUGACGACGAAUUUUCACGUUGACACCGAGCUUCAAGCCUGCCACGACAAAUGCUUCAACGAACUCAAGAUCAGAAACAUCGCUAACUUCAGCCUAACUACCUCGAAUAUGAUUUACUAUUUCAUUCCGAUCACUUCUGCGUGCAACAAAAUGGAACCUAACGAUAAGAAUCCAUCACAAAAAUCAACAAUCAUAAUACUAUUAAUAAUAACAUCUAUUAUAUUGUUCGCGACGAUCUUCGGCGUUGUUACUUUUAUGCUCUGGAGACAAAGAAAUGGACGAUUCAAGGAAGAUGUACCUCUUUACGAUGACGCUGGAGCAGUUCAUUUGUACGACGAGCCAUUGCAACGAAAAUACUGUACGUUCUUUUGA